GUCUUGGUCAGCCAUCUUGGAAACUUUCGGGAAGAUAAGAAAUUUUUGCUUUACAGGAAUGCUUUCUCGUGCUAGUAUUCUCUUGCAAAAAGGUGGCCAGGCUGCUUUACCAUUAAAAUGUCUUGCAAGACCAGGGUCAAUUGCAUUGUCAAGAUCUUUUUCAACUAGUGAUUCUCGUAAUCGGUUUGGAAUUGAUCCAACAGGUAUCAAAGUCCUGCCCACAGACUUUUUCUCACAAGUGAGAGCAGAACUUUACAAAAAAACUGGGGAUUCAGGAACAUGGGGUCUUGGAAUUGGACUUGGAGCUUACAUCAUCUCUAAAGAAUAUCUUAUAAUCCAUGAGGAGACACUGCUUGCUGCUGUUUUGCUGUCUACCAUGGCUUGGCUAUAUAAGAAAGUUGGUCCAAUAAUAAGUCAAAUGUUGGAUAAUUAUGCACAGGAAAUCUUAGAUCAGCUAAACCAAGGUCGUAUUGCUAAAAUGGCUCAGUUAGAGGAAGAAAUAAAGUUACAAGAAAGUGUAGAGCCCAUGCUUAAAGUUGGAAAAGAUGUCUUUGAAAUCCUGCGGGAAAACAAUGCUAUGGAGUUGGAGCAUGAAUUCCGAAGUAGAUUGCACCAUGUUCAUAAUGAGGUCAAAAAACGCUUGGACUAUCAAGUAGAAUUGGAAGAUCUCAAGAAGCGCCUGGAACAGGAACAUAUAAUUGCUUGGGUAAAAGAUGCUGUUAUUAAGAGUAUUACACCACAGCAGGAAAAACAGACAAUCACUCAGUGUAUAAAAGAACUAAAAACCCUGGCUCCAGCAUAGGUGAACUUUUUCCACUCUAUUAUAACUGUUACAAGUUAAUUGUUAGACGUGUGCUCUCUAUAUAUUAAAUUUACAAUUUUAUGUGAUGUUUUGAU